AGAAGAAUGGCGUGGACGAGAAGGAUGAAGAAGGGGUUGGUGGUGUACAACAUAUACAGAGCCUUAAGCUACGGUCUUUCGCCGUUAAUCCGCCUUCACCUGCAGUGGCGCAGAUUCCGCGGCCUCGAGCACUCGCGGCGGUGGCCGGAGCGCCUCGGUCUCCCAUCUCAGCCUCGACGGCCGGGACCACUCCUAUGGUUCCACGCCGUUUCCUUAGGCGAAGGAAUGAUCGCCAUUCCCGUCAUCAAACACUGCAUUCGGAAGAUGCCUCACUUAAACGUGCUCAUGACCAUCACCACCGUGUCUGCUUUUGAAGUAUUAAGCAUAUCGCUUCCCAGUGAAAUCAUUUUACAGUUUUCACCACUCGACACCCCUACUUCCAUCCAUUCUUUCCUUGAUUACUGGAAACCAAACGCCAUUGUGCUAAUGGAAAGUGAACUAUGGCCAAAUCUUAUCAUGGGUGCUUCCAGAAAUGGUAUAACACUGGCACUGUUAAAUGCUCGGAUGUCUGAAAAAUCCUUCAAAGUUUGGUCACAGCCAAUGCUUCUACCUUUAAUUUCAUUGAUGCUAUCCAAGUUUUCAUUGAUUGCCCCACUGAGUACAGAGCAGGGCAUCCGGUUUCAGCUACUGCAAGCUCCUCCUUGUAUCAUAAACUUUUCUGGUGAUCUUAAAUAUGUAAUUGAAGAUUUGGUAGUUGAAGAAAGAGAAAGAAAUUAUUUAGACAAUCUGAGACUAGAGCUUACUCAAAAGCAGGUUUGGAUGGCUUCUUCCAUUCAUAGGGGAGAAGAAGAAAUAAUAUUAGGAGUUCACAUUGCCCUUAUGCAGCAGCAACCUAAUAUAAUGACUAUUAUUGUCCCUCGGCAUCCACAUCAAGGACGAGAGAUGGCCAAAAAAUUGGAGAAAGAAGGACAAAAUGUGAUUUUAAGGUCUCAUUUUGAGAAGUUUAAGCCAGGAACAAAUAUUUAUGUGGUGGACACUUUGGGUGAAUUAAGACACUUGUACACAUUAACACCAAUAGCUGUGAUUGGAGGUUCCUUACUCCCUGGUUUAUCUGGCCAUAAUAUCUCAGAAGCUGCUGCAGCUGGCUGUGCGGUUUUGACAGGUUGUCACGUUGGGCAUUUCUCCCACAUGGUAUUGGAAAUGCAACGAUCAAAUCCUUUGUCAGUCCUUCAGGUUUCUGAUAAACUGGAGCUUGAAAAAGCGCUCUUUGAACUAUUCACAAAUGCAACACUUCUGGAAGCACGCCGUAGAGCUGCUAAGGAAGCAUUUUGUCGUUUAUCCUGUGGGAUUGUUGAGAAUAUUUGGAGUUUGCUAAAUUUUCAUAUUUUUAGUAGAUUAUCUGCAGAGGAAACUCAUAGGGUCUAAGAUUGUACGAGAAAUGAAAUGUCAUAUUGUCACAACAAAUUUUCAUUCAGACACUCGCCCCAUUUGUUGGAUUCAUUUAGCCUGUGCGAUAGAAGCACACUCAAAUUGCAAUCCCGUUUCACUGUAAUAGUUGUUUGUUUCACAGUAACAAUUGCUAGAAAAGAUCAAGUCUCAUCAAG